AUGGCCUGGAAUAAUCAGUCAGUCGUAACUGAAUUCAUACUACAGGGUCUCUCCGGUUCUUGGGAACUCCAGAUCUUCUAUUUCCUGUUUUUCUUCAUAGUCUAUGCAGCCACUGUACUGGGGAACCUCCUUAUUGUGCUCACCAUCAUGUCAGAGCCACGCCUUCACUCCCCCAUGUACUUUUUGCUGGGCAAUCUCUCCUUCAUUGACAUGUCUCUGGCCUCAUUUGCCACCCCCAAAAUGAUUGCAGAUUUCCUCAGUGAGCACAAAGCCAUCUCUUUUGAAGGCUGCAUCACUCAGAUAUUUUUCCUGCAUCUGUUAGGGGGUGCUGAGAUUGUACUGCUGAUAUCCAUGUCUUUUGAUAGGUACGUGGCUAUAUGUAAACCUCUAAGUUAUUUAACCAUUAUGAGCCGAAGAAUGUGUGUUGGACUCGUAUCACUUUCCUGGAUUGUUGGCAUCUUCCAUGCUAUGAGUCAGUUAGCAUUUACUGUGAAUCUGCCCUUCUGUGGACCCAAUGAAGUGGACAGCUUCUUCUGCGACCUCCCCUUGGUAAUUAAACUUGCCUGUGUAGACACAUACAUUCUGGGAGUAUUCAUGAUCUCAACCAGUGGCAUGAUUGCCCUGGUGUGUUUCAUCCUUUUGGUGAUCUCCUAUACUAUCAUCCUGGUCACUGUGCGGAAACAUUCCUCUGGUGGGUCCUCCAAAGCCCUCUCCACUUGCAGUGCCCACUUCACUGUUGUGACCCUUUUCUUUGGCCCAUGCAUUUUCAUCUAUGUAUGGCCUUUCACAAAUUUCCCAAUAGACAAAGUGCUCUCAGUAUUUUAUACCAUUUUCACUCCCCUCUUGAAUCCAGUGAUCUAUACCCUUAGAAAUAAAGACGUCAAGGAUUGCAUGAGAAAACUUAGCAGCCAUAUCUUUAAGUCUAGGAAGACUGAUCAUACCCCUUGA